AAAAAAUGGUUUUACUGACUUUACUGGCAUUUUCUACUUUAUUCAUCAGUUGCUUCGCUCAACAGCUGAUAAAACUAAGCUCAUUCAAAGGAUUGAGAGUUCACAAUGAAAUAAAUGUUGAAGCACCGUUUCACAUGUAUUUGUCAGCUCAAUCGGACUCUUAUUCGAUACUCCGGCAAAUCUUUUUGAUCACCGAAGACGGGUCAACGACACUUUCAUCUUUGACACAAUAUAAUGGGCAAAUCAAUCCAUUUGUAGUUGAGAAAUCUGUUUAUCUUACAACAACACUGAACGAUGAUGUCAUGAAAACACUGAACGGAGUGAUUUUUAUCAGCUCCAAGAAAAAACGUGCAGACAGUUGUCUUGGUGUGUACAAUAUUGGUCACGAAACAGGUAUUGGCAAUGAUAACAUUUAUGUUUGUACAUAUCUGAUUUUGAAUACAUCAUUAAAUAAAUAUGUUAUCAGUCAAUGGAGUCAAGAUCCUACUUCUAAAGCAUAUUUGUACGCUGGUAUCCCGCAGGAUUCACCUGAACCGGAAAACACUCAAAUCUUUUCCAACCCGGUUCAUACUAACGAAGGCGAUUUUUAUUUUUACUAUGUCAAUGAUUUUUCACUGUCUAUGACGGCAUUCUAUGUGAAACGGUUUAAUAAUGUAUUCUUCGUAAUUGAUCAAGAAAAUUCCAGUAAUCGUGUAGUUAAUGGAUCUUGGACCCGUGACGUCACCUCAACCGGAUUUUAUAUGAAACCCCUUGGCAGUGCUGAUAACACUACAAUUGUUAACAUUAAGAGAGACACCAAACAUACCGGAUUUUCUGGUGCAAAUGUUGUCGGGAAUCUCCCAAAUGGAGGAUCGGUUACUGUAGGCUUUUAUGGCGACGGCACAAAGUAUGAACGCACUGUCACACCGAAUACCUCUAUCACUUCAUGGACCAUUCCAUAUAUUGAACGAACUUUUCAAGUUUCGUCCACUAACGGAAAAGAUGGAGAGUACUAUGUGCAAUAUUUCGUGUCUGAAGGAUCGUUGAACGGAUCAAUAGUCACGACAACAUCACCCCCACCAUCAACGACUUCAAAAUUUAGGAUUGAAGCGACAACGACUUCCAAAUUUAGGAUUGAAGCGACAACUAGAUCCACCGGACUUGUUCGAUUUGUUUUAUCUAUGGCUACUUUGAUGAUGUUCUGGUUGUAAUGUUUCAAUUUUGAUCUAGAUUUUCAAUGAAUUUUACUCUUGAAGUUCAUAAAUAUGU